GUCAAGAAUACUCCUUCAUCGUAGAAUAUUAAGACUUCUUUUUUCUCUGUGCUUUCUGUGUUGUGGGUAGUGCAGCACGUGCUACUAGUCUCUUUCUGGACCCCUCCAAGACAAGUGAGCCGCUUCCGUCACCUCCGGAAGCUUCCUUGACAACGCGCGCCGUCGCUUUUUCCAAAGUCUAACAAUCGUCAUUCCGAAUCUUGAAUCUGCGACAUGUGUAAAUUGCCUCUUGUCCACUCUGUUUAAGUACGUCGAUCCCCCCGUUUGUAACAUUCUCCAGCACGCCUUAUCAAUUGCUCGUGAAAAAAUGACAAAACCCAAAUCUGUUUCCCGGAGCCCUCAGCCCAGUACUCCUCUGCCAACGACAGAACUCGACGACGAGCCUCAAUUGAGCAAUUGGCAAUCGGCCUUGGAAUACCUCAACCGCGAGAUCCACCCCGAAUAUGCUGAUAUUCCUAUUAUCCUCUGUUGCUUGGUAGCUGGACUUUGUGACAGCAGUGCAUACAAUGCCUGGUCGUGUUUCGUUUCUAUGCAAACAGGAAAUACCAUCUUCCUGGCCCUCGGCGCAUCCAAUCAACCAAAAGGCAAGCCAUAUGGCUGGCUGAAGUCUCUUGUUUCGAUCUCGUCCUUUUUAUUGGGAUGUUUCAUGUUCUCAACCACACGAUUCAUCGGACCCAAAGCACGCGGCACUCUCACAACUUCCUUCUUCGUCCAGAGCAUAUUCAUAAUAAUUGCUGCUGCAUUGGUGCAGUUAGAGGUCGUGCCCGAGCCGAUGGAUCUGGUAGCAAUGAAUGGAGGAGCAACCGUCGGCGAGCAGAUCAAUCUCCUAGAACUUCUGCCCUUAGGCUUCUUAGCCUUCCAGUCAGGAGGACAAAUCGUGACAUCGAGAAUUCUAGGCUUCAAUGAGGUUCCCACCACGGUCCUGACAAGUGUCUACUGCGAUUUAGCCAGUGACCCGAACUUCUUUGUGAAGGAUAACGUGAAGAGAAACAGGAGGAUAUGCGCUGUCCUCUUUAUUCUAGUGGGCGGUAUUGCGGGUGGUUUCAUCUGCAGGACGUCUGCUGGACUGGCUGCGGCUCUGUGGACAGCUGCUGCAAUUAAACUGGGCAUUGCGAUUGGAUGGUCCCUUUGGAAGCCUAAACCAGCAAUUCAACUGUAAGAUGGCAGUGUCACAACGCAGGUUCUAGCAGAUAUUUACAGACAAACUUAGUAAUCGCAUUGGGGGAAUGGUAACAACAGCGGGAUAAUGAUGUAUCAGUACGUGCAUAAAAGCUUGGUUUAACAUUAAUUUACGUGCUCUUCUUUCUAUCUUGGGCCUCUGUCAUAUUCUUGAAAGAAGGAAAGAGAGUAUUUAUGGCCUGACAUGUGCUCAAAAAGCAAGGAUAUGGCUGGAAACGUGUCUUUUGUUUUCUUUUCUGAGUUGUCUCUUCUGGAGAAUUCCAAGGAAUGGCUGGACCAUUUGUGUGAAUGAUUAUCUUACUAAUCAUCCAUCAUGUAGUACUUGUUCUACGCUGCAGUGUAAUACCUGGCAUCGGUGCAGCAGGCCU